AUGGCAGCUGUUUUAGUCAGUAAUACAAAUUUUAAGACAGUUGUCAAGUCAUGUCCGCAUGAAAAGAUCAUAAAAUACAAGAAUUUUUAGCAUUGCUCAGAUUGUGGACUUCUUUUAUAGUUAAAAGAAUAAGAAUAAAUCACAGUUCUUCGAUAAGAUGACUUGAAACACGAUGCUGAUGUCUCUCCCGCUGAGCUUUUGCAAACCCUUAUUUAGGAUGAGUAGUUUUUCACUCAUGUUAAAUAUAAUGAAUCCCAAAUCCACCCAGAUAUUAUCAACUACAAAAAGGUCUUAAUUGAUUGGCUUUUUGAAAUCGGCUAAAGAUUUUAUCAAUCAAACUUGACCAUCCAUAUUGCUAUAGCUUAUUUAGAGAGAGCGUAUUAAAAUGGAUUAAAUAGAACUAAAGAUAAUAAGUUAAAAACUGAUAACUAACUGAGGGUGUUGGCAGUAACUUGCCUUCUUCUAGCUUCGAAAUAUGAUGAAUUAGAUGACAGAAUACCAUUUAUCAAUGAUAUGAGUAAGAUUCUUAAGAAGAUUGCUUCUAUAAACCAUGCAGAUGUUCUCAAGUUAGAAACUGAGGUAUUAUUCAGUUUAAACUGGGAUUUGAUUGUAAUUACUCCUCUGCAUUUUGUUUACUCAAUUACAUCUCAAGGCUGCGUAUUUGAGUAAAGCGAUAAUGUUCAGCUCAAAAUCCAAAAUAAGAAUAAACUUAAGACAGAAAGCUCAUUACAAAUUCGAGAGAAGAGGCCAAUUAACUCAAAGACUUUACAAAAUUUGAGGAAAUAUGCUGAGUUUUUUGCUGACCUAAGUACUCACUUGUAUGAGCUUAAAAAAUAUAAAUGCUCAUAAGUUGGACUUGCUUGCGUGGUAUGUGCAAGAAAAAUGGUUAAUAUUAUCCCAGUUUGGAACUAAAAUUUAAAAGAUAUGACAACUUUAGAUUAUAAAGAAAUCGAGAAACCUUUCAAGAUCUUAUUUACAUUUUACAAGUAAUGCUUCACGAAAGGGUCUCCGUCUUCAGCAAAAGAAAACUAAAUUUCUCAAAUUUAAGUAAACUAGUCUUCUCAAAAUAUAAAUUAGAUUUCUGCUAUUGCCUUGACUUUGGAUUUAUCUCAAAAUCAUAGCUCAUCUAAGAGCACUGAUGUAUUUGAUGAGAAAACUCUCUAAGCAUUAACAUAAAGGAGGUAAACUUCGAAAGUAGCUUCAAAUCCUAUUAAAGUCAACUUGAUGGAGUUUCCCUAGUAACUAGGAAUAAAAACUACUCGGUAAUCUGAUAUAAAUGGAAAAGAUAAAUCCAAAAUCAACCUAAUGAGUGUCAAUAAAACUCUCGCAAAUGGUCUCAUUUAAUAGCCAAAACUUAAAUGCAAUUCUAGCAAAAAUCUGAUAAACGUCAAAAAAAACCCUAGCUAGCAUGAGAUUCUGCUAUCACAACCUUAGGAGUAUUAGAUGGUGAAAUAGAAAGCAGUCAGUAAAAAGACUUAAGAUAAGAUGGCUCUAUCUUCGGCGUAUUCAACUGCCUCCAAUAUUGCCAACUUGAAUAAUAUUCAAUAAAACAAUAGCAAAAAUAUUUCAAGAUCCCAAGACCCAAUUCUUAAGCAGAAACUUGCCAUUUAAAAUAGCUAGAAAAGCUUUUCAAGCAACCAUUAAGCUUUCUUGUUUAAUCCUAAGAAUGAGUAUUUUGGUAUGUAAGUACCUACUGAAAACCCUUCUAAACUUAAAGUGACAAUAUCUUAAUCGAUAUCUCCUGGGAAAUAAUAAGUCAACAAUGAUAUAAAAAGUGAGAUUGUAUUUCAUAGCAGUAAUAACAAUAGCAAAGGAGUUGGUGCAAUCUCUACUAUCUUAAAGCCACUCACUCAAUAAUUUACUCAACAUAUAAUCCAACCUUGGGAAGUAACUAUGUACUAAAACCUUAAUAAAUCAAAUGGUAUCCUAGAGUACAGUAAAUGGUUUUAGCAAUAUCAACUAGACAAUGAAUUUUUGUCUGCCUAAUUAAUAGCCCUCUAGAAGAUAGAGCUUGCAAAAGAAUAAUAGUUCCUAAUAGAGUAACAGUUCAAACUUAGCUUCGUCUAUUACUACUCAAAUGAAUACUUAGUCUCCUAGUCCUAAAACGUAAUUAUAUUUAAGGACAAGACUGAAUCAUCUACUGAACUUAACAGCUGUCGAGAAGUCAAAAAAGUCAAUACAGAUAAUACAAAAGAGAUGAUAAUAAUGAUGCAAAAUAAAUUAGAGAUGAGUAAAAAAUCUAAAUCUGUCGAGAGCCUAAUGAACAUGUAAGGAUUAAAUUAAAGAAAAGCAAUAAUAAAUCAAAUUGCUUCAAAAAUGGUAAAGGGCCGAGACUUUAGUUAAAAGAAUAAAUAAAUCCUCAAAAAGAAACUCUAAAACGCUGCAAAUCCCUUAUGCAACGAAACAAGUAUAUUAGCAUCAGCUGAUUUUACAUACUAAUCUUCAAACCAAUCAUAAAGAGUGCAGCCCAAUAAUAAUUAAACACAAUGUAACUUUGGGCUUAACAACUCUAACACAUUCAAUUUGUAAAACACGUCCAAUUCACAGAGUUAAAUUAUGCAGGUAUCUAAGCAAACAAUUAAAAAUAGCCAGAAAAAGAAACCAAAGGUACCCAUACUAAAUACCUAGGCUAUAGAUGCCACAAAAAAGAGAAUUCUAAGCAUAUUAAACACAAAAUUAACUAAGAAAUUAGUAUAACCUUAGAUUGCAUAGCUCCAGAUGUCCCUUAAUAAAUGCAACUCAAGUACUUACUUAGGCACUUCUUAGUUAAACUAGUCCUCAAUGUUUAGUCUUAAGACUCAUUCUGCUAGAGAUAAUUCCUCAUUCCCCACUCAUUAGCUAUAGAUAUAAAACUCUUCAACAAAUAAUUUAACUGCAUAGUGUACAGCUAGAUAGUCUCUAGCUGCCACUUCUAAUAAAACAAACAUUAUUGAGAUGCAAAGUAGCAAUAAACUAAUCCAAUCCUAAAAUGCUUAAUAGCUACAAGCAAAUCAAUUAUAAUCUCAAUAGGUGCAAGUGAAUAAUAAAGCGAAAUUUGAAAAAAGACUUUCAAUGCAAAGAAUGAAUUAAAAUCACACAAUUUAAUGUGGCAAAGGAGGCCCAAUAUCUCAAUGUCCAUCUACAAGCUAUCUAUAUGUUGUAGAUGAGGAAGAGAAAAUACAAUCUAUCACUAACUCAAUAUACUCUUUGUAAAAACAAAAGACCAUUUAAUGCAAGAAACAGCAUCAGCUGCAAUAAAAUCAGUGA